AUGGAAGAACUUACGGCGUUCGUCUCCAAGUCUUUUGACCAGAAAGUGAAGGAGAAGAAGGAAGCGAUCACGUACCGGGAGGUGCUGGAGAGCGGGCCGCUGCGCGGGGCCAAGGAGCCGAGCGGCUGCGCCGAGCCGGGCCGCGACGACCGCAGCAGCCCGGCAGUCCGGGCGGCCGGCGGAGGCGGCGGCGGAGGAGGCGGAGGCGGGGGCGGCGGAGGAGGUGCCGGAGGAGGAGCGGGCGGAGGAGCUGGAGGAGGGCGCUCUCCCGUCCGGGAGCUGGACAUGGGCGCUGCCGAGAGAAGCCGGGAGCCGGGCAGCCCGCGGCUCACGGAGGGCAAAACGAAGCCAAGGCACACUAAGGUCCAGGCUACGGAGCUUCUCUCUGGCAAGGUGGUUACAUUUCUUUUUAGUGUGUCCCCGGAGCUGAAGGAUCGCAAAGAGGAUGCGAAAGGGAUGGAGGACGAAGGCCAGACCAAAAUCAAGCAGAGGCGAAGUCGAACCAAUUUCACCCUGGAACAACUCAACGAGCUGGAGAGGCUUUUUGAUGAGACCCACUACCCGGAUGCCUUCAUGCGAGAGGAGCUGAGCCAGCGGCUGGGGCUGUCGGAGGCCCGAGUUCAGGUUUGGUUUCAAAAUCGAAGAGCUAAAUGUAGAAAACAAGAAAAUCAGCUACAUAAAGGUGUCCUCAUAGGGGCCGCCAGCCAAUUUGAAGCUUGUAGAGUUGCACCCUAUGUCAAUGUAGGUGCUUUAAGGAUGCCAUUUCAGCAGGAUAGUCAUUGCAACGUGACGCCCUUGUCCUUUCAGGUUCAGGCGCAGCUGCAGCUGGACAGCGCUGUGGCGCACGCGCACCACCACCUGCACCCACACCUGGCCGCGCACGCGCCAUACAUGAUGUUCCCAGCGCCGCCCUUCGGACUGCCGCUUGCCACGUUGGCCGCGGACUCUGCCUCCGCCGCCUCGGUUGUGGCGGCCGCCGCCGCUGCUAAGACCACCAGCAAGAACUCCAGCAUCGCGGAUCUCAGACUGAAAGCCAAAAAGCACGCGGCCGCCCUGGGUCUGUGACG